AGCUCAGGCCAUGUUCUUCAUUGGUUCCAAGCUGGAGAAAUCGAUUUUUUUUGGAGGGGGGCAUGCUUCUCCUUCAAUUUCACCCUCGCUCGACUAUGUGGUAACUCCACUCAUUCGAUUCUUCAUUUUCAGAGUGGUCUGCUUCUGUGGUCCAAAGAACGUUACUAAAGGAGGGAUGCACGUCGUUUGAACAAGUCAAUUGAAUCUACAGCUUCAUUGUGAGGCUUGACAGUGAAGGGCGCCAGCUGCACGUUUAAUUGUUUGUCCUCUAAAUUUACAACGUCUGCGUCGACAUAUUUGGUCUGUUUUUGUCCAGCCAGCGAGGAAGUAGCCUGAAAAAGGAGUAGCCUACGACGGUCCCUGAAAGAAUUUGGGGAAACGCUGCGAAGCGUGCCUCGAAUUUCUUACGAUCUGUGAGGUUGUUGACAAGACGUUGGUUCCACUCCGGUUUCAGUGUGUUUGUGAUCCGGUGAGUGAGACCGUUGCCGGGCCUACAAGGGAUGAAACCGGAUGGGGUUGCCAUGGAGCCCACAGAAGCUGUAGGAGCCGAACCCUCGGCCCAGGGGAUGGCCACCGACGAGAUGCCCGCCCAGCCAGCCCCUUCAAAUUCCCCGUCCCCUCCAUCACAGCCCGAAGCCACCCAAAACAGCACAGCGCAGCCUGAAAACCCUACAGCGCCCCCUGUGUCCAAGGAGGUCAAUGGCAAGGCAGCAGCUAAACCCAAGGCUAAGACCGUGGGCUUGGCUAAACAGCGGCCAGGCACAGCUGGCACCAAGGUCACAGCGGGUCCGGCGUCAGGACCCAGCACUUCUCGUCCGGGCACGGCCCCAAGCCACAUGGCCAAUGGCUUAAAGUCCACAGCUAGUGACCUGGCCAAGAAAGCAGCUUUGGACAAAAAGACCACCACUAUCGCAGCCGGAGCAUCGGCGUCAGCUGCAGCCACGAAGAGGUACGUGGGGCCGGCCGCCGCUUCCACUGUCAGGACCCAAACUAAGGUGGCUGACAGGAAGGCUGUCGGAGUCCCCAGGUCCACCUCUGCUACCAGGACUGCGGCGAUGGGUCCUGGCACUCCAACGAGGAGACCUCCUGCUGCUGGUCCCAUUAAUGGGGCUGGGGCCAGACCCAAAACCACAGCUUCCAGACUUGCAGCCUCAGCUGCCCCCAAGCCUUCCAGCACUGCAGUCACGGCCAAACCCAAUAGGACGACGGUUUCCAAGACAACCAGGCCUGCCACUGGUCACACUGGCCUGUUGAUGGGCACAUCCAAGCCAGCCACUUCCAGCUACAGCAGACCUGCAGCUUCCAGAGUCGGCACCACAGCCCCCUCUACUGGCAGGACUACUGCAGUGCAGGCACCCAAACCUACAGGCCCUGCCAAGAAAGAUGUCAGCAGACCAGCAACCACUGCCGCAGCCAGAAAGCCGGCAACAUCCGCCACUACCAAAACGACCAAACCUGACCCCCUAAAGCGAAUGCAGCCUCCAGACCCGAGCCUGCCUCCAAAAGGGCCCAUCCCACCAAGGCGACAGACACCAAGCCAGCCCGCCCUAUAUCACAGGACCCCAAGCCCCUGCCCACACGUAAAGCCCCUCCCACCACACGGCCCCCUGCUACCCGACAGCCCCAGGGCAAGACCCCCCCUGCCUCCCCCAGCAACAAGCCCGUGGGCAGCACCGCCCCCCAGUUGGUCAAACAAGCCUCCAAACCAACCCAGUCUGUCCUGCCCUUCACUGCCAGACCUGGAGCUCCCAAGUCUGCAGCUGCAGGAGUGGCUGCAGGAGUGGCUGCUGCUGCUGCAGCAGCAGCUGCUGUGGCAACAGUUGCAGCAGCAGAGCCAGAAGUGGCCGCUUCAGAAGUCCCAGCACCAGUGUCUGCGUUUUCACCAGCAGUGGCCCUGGAGCCCAGAGAAGAGGUUUCAGCCCUAA